AUGUUGCAUCUUACUAGUGAAUAUAGUCUCCUGACCCGCUACAAAAUUCCCAAAGAAUCGCUGAGUGGUCUAUCCUACACUUCACCGUGCAAUUAUAAAAUCUAUUGGAGCGAGUCUGUCGCGCAGGCUCAACGCGACUAUUCCUCUGCUAUUGAAUCUAAUUCACUAAAAGAAUAUCUAUAUCUUCAAAUGAAGCUGCGUAUAUCGUUCAUGCAACAAAUAAAAUCUUAUGAACUGGAAUAUAGAUCAGAAUUAAUUAGAUGGAAUCUACAUAAUAAUACAAUUAUCGAGGAUAUCAGAUUGAGGUCGAGUUGCAUGGCAGAAGAAAUCGCAAGAGAUAUGGAGCUGGACACUAGAAAGUUAAUAGAUUUGGGAGUUUACUGUUAUCCGAUUGAAUUGAAUUCCACAAACAAUUCUACAAUCAAGGCGAUGAACAAUGGAGAAAGUGGAGGAAGGAGGUGGAAAGCAAAUGUAAGAUGGUUAAGAAAAGAAGUUCGGGCUGGUUCAACAGACUUUCAAUUAUAUCGGUUAAAAGUUGAACGUGAACUCUGCGAACGUAGUCAAGUGAAUGCUUCUGCG